AUGGUUGGUUUUACAAUGUUUCAACAUAUCGAUGCACGUUUGCAGCAAAUAAUAAGAACAAAAAAGCCAUUUGGUGGAAUAUCAGUCAUGGUUUUAGGCGAUUUCAAUCAAUUAAGACCAGUUGGGGAUAAAUACAUAUUCCAGUUUAAUAAUUCAUAUAAUGCUUUAGUAGAUAGUUCAUUAUGGUCACUAUUUGAAUUGUUCGAAUUGACAGAAAUAAUGAGACUAAAAGAUGAUAAAACUUUUGCCAUUGCGUUAAGUAACUUAGCUAAAGGAACGAUGACAGCUGAAUAUAUUCAUCUGUUACAGUCACGAAUUGUUUCAACUGAAAAUUUAGAAACGAUUGGAGAUGCAAUAAGAAUAUUUAGAAGUAAUGCUGAAGUUGAUGCAUAUAAUAGAAUAGUAUUGUCUAAGCUCAAUACCGAAGGUGCAAUCGCUAAUGCUUAUGAUUAUUGUGUUGGUGAUGGACUUCCAUCAAUAAGAGAAAAAGUUCUAAACAACGUAAAGAAUCUGAAAACAACUGAAACGUACGGCUUACCACUUGAAAUUGAUUUGAAAGUGGGCGCUAAGUAUAUGAUGACAGUGAAUAUCGAUACUGAAGAUGGUUUAGUAAAUGGUGCUUGUGGAAAAUUGAUAGCGAUUGAUUAUGGAAAACUUCAAAAGACAAAUGAAACAGUUCCAUGUCGACUAUGGAUUAAAUUUAAUGAAGAGAAGACUGGGCGAAAGGCUAGAGCUAACUUUCACAACGUAAUGCGAAACAGAAAUAUUGAUCUCAGUCUCACACCAGUUGAACCAGUAGUACGACAAAUAAAUACAAGAUCAACUAAUUUCAAAGUAGAACGUAAACAGUUUCCUUUAGUUCCUUGUGAAGCUAUGACUAUAUAUAAAAGUCAAGGUGGUACUUAUGAAAAAGUUGUUGUCAAUUUAAAGAAAGGGAUGACAAGAUCUGAAUUAUACGUCGCUUGUAGUCGUGCAACAAAAUCAAUUGGUUUAUAUUUAAAUGGCGAUUUUGUUCCACCAAAACCACCUGAACCUAAAGAUGCAGUAGCGAUGAUGUUUAAAAAUAUGAGAUCUAAACGAAUGCUCAAAUUUUCACUUGAAUUUCCUGAAGAAUCUCAAGAAGAACGAUUUUUCGUGAUGUUUCAUAAUGUACAAUCGUUGAAUAAACAUAUUUUCGAUGUCAGAUCUGAUAAAACAUUUUUGUCUGCUUCCAUGAUAAGUCUUGUUGAAACAUGGACAAAACAUAGUGACUCAUUGGAGAUUGAAGGUUUUAAAAUCAUUCACAGACGUGAUUGUAAUGAUAUACGAAAACCAUUCGGUCAAAUUACUUAUUUAAAAAAUGAUUUGACAUAUGAAAAUAUCACCGAAAAAUAUGAAUAUUCAGGCAAAAACCAUAUUGAAUAUUCUUCAAUAAAAAUUGAUGAUAUUUGUAUUAUUUCCGUUUACAAUUCACCUAAUUCAUCAUUUGAUGUCCUAAAGCGACAUAUAAAUGAAGCGAUAACUAUUUCAAAAGGAUUUUAUGAAAAUAUAAUUGUCGUUGGUGAUUUUAAUAUAAAUUUGAAAGUCAAAACCAAUAACAAAUUUAUUGAAUACAUGAAAUCAUUCGGAUUUAAUUUGAUUAAUAAAUUAAAUAAAAGCUCAACUAAUGCAAAAACACAGAUUGAUUGUUGCUUUACUAAUGUGAAAGGCUUAAAGUCUGAUUAUUUUGAAAGUCUUACAAGUUUUCAUAAACCAAUAUGGAUAAGAAAACAUGAAGUUUUGAGUAAGUUUCAUUUUGAUGAAACCGAAGACAUUCAUACAAAUACACUUCAAUAUCGAUGA